UAUCGACCGACCGCCAUUAUUGCUAGUUGUGUGUCGGCCGUCUAUCGCCCGUCGAAAUAUUUCUAUCUGCAAGUUUUUCUCCACAUAAGAUUUUAUUAUGUUUAAGAAACAUUCACGAAAGCAGAAAUCAAUACACUGCUAAACUCAAACGUUAGGCAAACGAAAUCGAGGCAAGCAUAUUGCAGCACCAAAACGACGUUACGUUAACGAAACAGCCAACCAGCACCAAACAGCAGACAUAAAGACUUGCAUACACUCACGCACGUAAACGAUAAAAACGAAAAACAAGAAAAAAACAAAAACGUCAAAUAUUUGUAGGACAUACGUACAGGACCAAUUCAAAGUUGAUCAAACAUAUUAAAGGCGUCGUUGAGCUGAUGUUAGCUUUUAAAAAUAAAGGCUGAAGACAGCGAGCUGUGCUAUUGGCUCUACCAGUGGAAUAGUGUAUUUGUGUACGUGCGUGCGCGUGCAUGUGUGUGAGUGUGUGUGCGUGUGUUGUCUCUGAUUGUUUUCUAUUGUGUGCGCAGUGCGUGCGUUCGUUUGGCUGAGGGGGCGGGCGGGACAAGUGCAAGUGCCAGCAGCAGCAGCAGCAGCUAAAGGAGUGAAAUCUGUGCAGCCAAAUCGGCCAAACAGAACUGUUUGAACGGGCUCGAGUUUCUUUAAAGAAGCGCGCGUCCAUGUUUGAGCUUUUAAUGCUAACUGAGAACAGACGACGGCAACUCGUUUAACAACUGCGCAACAAGGAGCAGCAGCACUGGCCAUGCUCCCCAUCAGCGAGGAGCAGCACGUGGACAACAGCAGCAGCAAUCAGCAACCUGCGAAUGUCUCAGAUGAAGCCGCUGCGGCCGCGAAUGGCCUGGCCGAUGAUAAGGCAGCUCUGGCCGCUGAUGGCGGCCUGUGGACGGCACUAUAUGACUACGAUGCACAGGGCGAGGAUGAGCUGACACUGCGACGGGGACAGAUCGUUGUUGUGCUCUCCACGGACAGCGAGGUCUCCGGCGACGUGGGCUGGUGGACGGGCAAGAUCGGUGAUAAGGUUGGGGUUUUUCCACGCAACUUUGUGACUGACGCGGAUCCAUUAGAAUUGCCGCACGAAAUCGACGAGUCGGAGUUGGACAUCAAAGAAGUGAUUGGCUCCGGCGGCUUUUGUAAAGUUCAUCGCGGCUAUUACGACAACGAGGAGGUUGCCAUAAAGAUAGCCCAUCAGACUGGCGAUGAUGAUAUGCAGCGGAUGCGUGACAAUGUCCUGCAGGAGGCCAAGCUCUUCUGGCCGCUAAAGCACCGCAACAUCGCGGCGCUGCGGGGGGUUUGCUUGAAGACGAAGCUGUGCCUGGUCAUGGAAUAUGCGCGGGGCGGCAGCCUCAAUCGCAUACUCGCUGGCAAAAUACCGCCCGAUGUUCUCGUCGAUUGGGCGAUACAAAUCGCCUGCGGCAUGAACUAUUUGCACAGCGAGGCGCCCAUGUCGAUAAUACAUCGCGACCUUAAGUCCUCCAAUGUGCUCAUCUAUGAGGCCAUCGAGGGCAGUGAUCUGCAUAAUAAAACGCUCAAAAUAACCGACUUUGGCCUCGCACGCGAAAUGUAUAACACGCAGUGCAUGAGCGCCGCUGGCACCUACGCCUGGAUGCCGCCCGAGGUCAUCAGCCGGAGCAUGUACUCCAAAUCGUCGGAUGUGUGGAGCUAUGGUGUGCUCCUCUGGGAGCUGAUCACGGGCGAAACGCCCUACAAAGGUUUCGAUCCGCUCUCCGUUGCCUAUGGCGUUGCCGUCAAUACGCUAACGUUGCCGAUACCAAAAACUUGCCCCGAAACGUGGGGCGCUCUUAUGAAGAGCUGCUGGGAAAGCGAUCCGCACAGACGGCCUGAUUUCAAGAAGAUCAUCGAGCAGCUGGAGAGUAGCGCGUGCUCGAAAUUUACGUUAACGCCACAGGAAUCCUUUCACCACCUGCAGGAGCUGUGGAAGAAAGAGAUCGCCGAAGUGCUGCACGAUCUGCGCGAAAAAGAAAAGCGUUUCCAAACUAUCGAAGAGGAACUGCGCAACAAGGAGGAGCAGCUGAAACUGAUGCAAAAGAAGCAGAUGGAGAAGGCCAAUAAGCUGCAAGAGUUGGAGAAGCAGCUGCGCCUACGCGAAAUGAAUAUACUAGGACGCGAGCUAAUGAUGCAACCAGUGACUGUGCCCGUACCGGUGCCAUCGAAACGGAAGCCCAAAAAGAGUAAAAAGAAACCGCUGCAGAUAUCACUGCCAACGGAAUUCCGGCACACAAUUACGGCCGUUUGCGACAAGGUGGAGCCACCCGGAUCGCCCUCCCUCUCCAGACUGCGCAUUGUUACACGCUACCAGGGCAACAGCAAGGAGGACUGGCGCUCGGGACCAGCGGACAUGCCCAUCAUGUCGCCAUCUCCGUAUCUGCUCAGCCGCUUCACCAGCAACGUGCCGCUGCCGACGCUCUACGCCGGCGACGCGGCCCGCAAGCCGAAGCUCUCCGUGAUCGAGCUGCUGCUCUACAACAUGGCAUCGCUGCUGGCGGGCGUCGCUGCCGGCUACGAUGUGCGCAUGUCCAAUGUGUCGCCGGUGCACCCGACGCUGCUCAGCGAGCUGCCCGCCUUGAAGGCGGCGCCGAGGGCGACAAACGCGGACGACCAGGAGCAGCUGCCGGAUCAGGUCGAUCAAGGCGAGCAUCAAUUGGAGGCGAUGCGUCACUUGGGCCCCAAUCGGAACUCUAUGAGCUACUCAGCCCUGGAUGGAAUUACGGGCGCAUCGAUGGCCACGCCCAAGCCUCAGUCAGUGGCACAGCGACGCGUGGGCGGGAGCCAGACGUAUUACACGCCCGUGCAGCGCACGCCCCAGCAUCAGCUGCAUCAGACAGCGGCUGUGGCGACAACGACUGUGCCGCAGCCUCAGCCUGUGCCUCAGCCGCAGCCGCAGCCGCCGAAUCAGGCCGUGGCGCUGCUUUAUGCCGGCUCCCAGCCGCCGACGCCGUCGCCGCGCCGCAAGCUGAGCAGCAGCAGCUGCAACAACGCCGACGGCUUCGAGGAGUUCCGCGUGGGCGGCGGCAUUGGACCGCCGCCGCUCUAUGCGCCCGCCGACUACCUGCGCAACGGGCCGAGCUACUCCAACGAUGGCGGCGCCUAUCGCAACGGCUAUUUUGGCUCCAACUAUUUUCCGUAUCGGCCAGAGCUGAAUUUUGCAUAUGAGCGAGACUGCAAGUCGUAUCCGGACUACUCCUACGACUACAACCAUCGCCUGCCCGACUACUACGACUACCAGUAUGAGCCGCCCGUGCAGGCAGUGCAAGCGGUGCAGGUGGCUGCGGUGGCAGCGCUGCCGCCGCUGCAAACGCGGACGCCGCCCCCGCGCGUUCCACAGAUGGGCGUCAGUGCGGGCGGCCAUCGGCGCACACCCUCGACGGUGUCGAGCAACUCGAACGUGCUGCUGGAGCACGAGGAGCUGCUCUACGACUACAACAAUCUCAAUCUGAACGUGAACCUCAACGUGGACUACGAGUGCGAGCCGGCGCCAAAACUAACGACGGCGUCGCAGCAGCAGCAGCAGCCGCCGCCCUCAGCCGGCCAGCAAGAGUUCUAUGCCGGCUCGCCCAAGCUGCUCAAUCGGAUGCUGCACAGUCCGUUGGCCGGUAGCAAGUAUGCGCCUGUCGCACGUCCAGCCAGCCUGCCCUUCGAGCAGCACACGCUCAGCUACCAACUACAGCAGCAGCAGCAACAGCAGCAGCUGCAGCAGCAGCAGCAGCUGGCACUGCAGCAGGCGGGGAUUAGCCAGGGCAAGCUGCGCAGCUCGCUGAAGAAGUACAACAGCAACACGCUCAAUGGCAGCAUCUCGUCGCAGCAGGGCACGCCCACGAAUCCAACGCCGCCCGACUCGCUGACCAGCGACGACAGCUCCUACUUGAGCGCCAAGGAGGGCUCCAUUGGAUCGCAGCACAGUCGGGUGCGCUUCAGUCCGGAGGCCUAUCUGGAUGCCAGCAACUUGCCCGUGGGUGUCUUAGGCAGACGCAUGACAUCGCCGGGUCUCCAGCUGCCCUCGCAGCAGCAGCAGCAGCAACAGCAGCAGCAGCAACGUAGGCAUCGACAUACCUCCAGCGCCAGCACCCCAUCGCCGUCGGCCUCAUCGUCCUCCUAGCAGGCGCGCCUGGCGCUGACUUUGCAGUUAGCGCGCAGUCCCGGCGCGGACGUUGGCAGCGCCGGAGGCGCCUCUGGCUUGGCCCUGGGCCUGGCCUUGCACCAGCAGCGGGUGCCAUAUCGCUGGUAUUCCGGUGCGCGGCGUUCUCGCUCCGCUCACUACGAAUAUCGACUCUGAGAGCCGAAAAGAGACAGAGAUAGCAAUAGUGAAUGCGAGUACGCGUGCGAGUGCGAGUGCGAGUGCGAGAGCGAGUGGGAUGGCAAACAGUUUAUAAAUACAUUGAUACCUCAAGCAUGCGUACAUUAGAGCGAGAGCGCAAGCCCACACACACACAGACAGAGACAGAGACAGAGAUAGAGAUAGAGACAGACACACAGACUACAGCCUGGUGGUAGCAGAUCCAUGUUAUAGUACCCAGAUCUGUUACUGUAUAUAACCCCUAUAUAGUAGUCAACAUAUAUAACCUCUUGACUUGAGCGAUUUGCCUUAAAUAUUUAUAGCAUGAAUAUAGAGAUUCGAAUUCCGAAGAAGCUGCUUCAGACCACAAGCUCAUGUUAAGUUGAAGCUUAUAAAUACCUUGAUAUAUGUACAUACAUACAUAUAUACAAAUAUAUCUUAAUUUAUAUAUAUGUAUGUAGAUAUGUAUGCAAGCAUAUGGUCGACUGUCUUUCAUUGCGUUCUUUGAUUAGAUGCCACGCCUUAUGCCACGCCCCCAAAAACAAUAAGAGCUAACAAGUAAAACACUAAUUGCAAUUCGAAACUAACUAAGCUAAAUACACCAAUAACAACUCCAUUUUUAAGUCUGAAGAAAACGUUUA